AUGGCCUUGCGCGGCAUUCCAGCAUCUCGACCCUGCACGCCCCACAUCCGCAGCAACUGCACGGAAGGGCGCUUCGUGACGUGCGGAAGGCUGGAAGUGGAGCCGCGCCGCGCGGCCACGGCGGCAACGCUUCCGGCGAGGGACGUGACGAGGUGCCGAGCGCGCGCCGGGCAGCUUGAACCCGGACAGGCCUUGGUGGUGCAGUUCACUCGUGGACCGCCGGAGCAGGGAGGGGAGUGCACAGAAAUCCGUGUGGAGGCUGGGGAGUGUUGGGGCCUCGAUUCUGAUGGGGACUCCUACGACUGCCUGGGACGGUGUGGCAUUGGCUGUCAGGACCCGUCUCCUGGACUCUGCUCCAACUGGUCGAGAAAUUGCCUGAAGCAUGAUAUCUGUAGCUAUUACUACAACUCACGGGGAGGCGCUGUUGAUCCUAGUUGCGGCUGGGCUUUUCAGAAGGCAGAGCGUGACUUUCUUGAGCCUUGCUUGACUGACAUGGCUUGCACGCUACCAGGCUACAACACCAAAGCGGAGGUGUGCCAGCGAAGCCUCGUCGGCCUGUGA